GUAGAGCGGUAACAUAAAACCUCAAAAAAAAAAAAAUAAUGUUGUUUUUGCCACGGGUUUGGACACCACAAGUUCGCAGCCACCUCCGGUACUACGCCAACAAAUCCAAGUCUCAGUUAAAACCGCCAAUGGCCGACACCGUCCCAAAGGAAGUGGUGCACGAGGAGAUUUUCCGUUAUGUAAACCCAUUUGCCAGGAUCAAUGUAGUAUCCGAUCUGAUUGUGCGCGUCAAGUCGGCCGAUGUGCAUCAAUACACCAGUGGUAAUGUGUUUAUAGCACAACUGCACGGCUGCAAGCCCAAAAACACAAAAGUCUCGUUUGAUGUCAACGUUUCCGACGAUGAAAAAAUCGUUAGUGUUUCGGUAAAGAAGUCGGCGGAUAAAGUAUCCCGAUUCGAGUGCCACCUUCAAGUUCCGGUUCGGUCAGACGUUUUCAUAGAAGGAGGAGACAAUGUAAGCGUUGAGGGCAUACAGAGCGAGUGUCUUCAGGUCAAGACAGAAGGUGCCAUUGUUACCAAGAAUGUGCGGGCCACAAACAUUUCGCUAUACAGUGAGAAUGGUAACAUCAGCUGUGAGGGUACUCUGCUGGGAAAAUCCACCGAAAUUGAAACUCACAAUGGUAAUAUUGAGUUGGACAAGCUGCAAGGAGACAGUCUGAAGUGCUCUACCAAGGCAGGCAACAUUGUCACAGACUGUUGCUAUGUGGAGCAAUCAAAAUUUCAAACAGACACCGGUCGCCUGGAACUGAGAAAUGUCCACAAGACAAGCGAAGUGCAUAUCCUUCAGUCCGGCGAGCUCAAUAUGACUGGAGUCCAUGGCAAUCUGCAGGUGUCCACCAAAGGAGGCAGCUUAAAUCUGCAGCUUUCAGAGCUGAUGGGGCAGUGCAGUAUUCUGGCUGAUAACUUGGAAAACGACGCCGUUAUCCACAUAUCAGAAAGCAUUGAAAACGAGUCGAACAUUGAAGUAACAGCCUCUGAGGUCAGGUUAGACGACGAGCUAGAGCAUGUGGCACAUGCGCUGAGCGAAGACAAGAGCAAAUUUGUACUCAGCAAUGUGAACCAGCAUCAGCGUCUGAUUGUCAAAAGUACUGGAGAAAAAGGUGUUCGCUUGGGAAAGCAAUCCUGGAGCGACAUGAUGCGACAGAAGCUUCAGGAUAUGGCCACUAAAAAUUUAAAAGAAACAAACACUACUCAUUAAGUUACGAAUAUAUUGUGCUGUAAGCUAAAAUAUCA